AUGCUCCACGAAAUCCUCCUCUCCCUCUCGGGGCACCCAUCCCCCCUCCUGCGAGCCGACACCUCACAGCCAAAUGCCCUCUCCGGAGUAUCCCCUGCCGAGCGUCAGCUCCUCGCCUCGGCCGCACAUCUUAGCGACGUCCACAUCAAGCUCAUCAGCUACACGGCCCAGAUAGCCAACGCCCACCCGUCGACCAUCUGCCGCGCCGUCGCCACAGCCAUCGACACGAUACAUCUGUCCGCCUUCCAGCGCAAGGUCCUCGAGGUCGAGGCGAGCAUUCUGCGGGAUGAUCCCGAGCUGGUGGGGGCGUACAAUAUCGUGCCCUUGACGGCGGUGGUAGGAGAGUUCAAGGACUGGACUAGGAGAAUGGACUGGCUCUGGGAGAUGGUGCAGUUUAUGCUGGCCAAGGACAAGAAGGGCGAGGUAUGCCACGGAGCGCACCUGAUGGACCGACUACGGCUCGAGCUACAGAGCGGAUAUCGAGAUGUGCAAGACACAGCCAUGAGUCUUGUUACAGUGGCCGAGACGGCUUGGCUAAAACAAGUAUCGGCAUGGAUAUUAUACGGCAGACUCCCGAGCUUUGGAAUCGAAGACUUUUUUGUGCAAAAUGUCCAAGAUUCUGACGAGGAGUAUAUAUCACGGGCAAGCUUGCUGCCCGCCUUUGUGACGCCGGCUACAGCCUCUUCGAUGCUGUUUAUCGGAAAGUCACUAAAUCACAUCAGAGUCAGAAGCAGCGUUGACUCUGGACUACGAGGACUUGACCAUCUAUCAUCCAAGUUACAGGAGCUCUCGAGUCUUUCUUUUCCCAUAAAAAGCACCAGCUUCUCGAGGGCCAUCACGGCUGUACGACUAUCGCUCUCGGAAAAUACGCUGCAGAAACUACUACCAUUGGCCAAGGUGACAGAGAUGCUGCAGCUCCUAAGAGAUUUCUUUCUACUAGGCCGUGGAGAGUUUGCCAUGCAGCUAACCCACGAGGCGGAUGAAAAGAUACGCAGUCGAUGGAGGAGAGCUGACAAUCUGGCCUAUGAAAAGGGUGACGGUCUCAAGAAUGUGACUGUCAAGGAAGGUGAAGUCGCAGCAGUCCUCGCCAGGACGUGGGCGGUUUUGGCGUCGAUGCAAGGUCAGCACGCCGAAGAAGAUGAGCAACUUGAGCUUGCUCGAGACUUGUUACGGCUCAAUCUCACAAAGGCAAAGACAUCUACGCCUCUGGGCAUUGGAUCUGGUCUGAGUCACGAUGCUGCAAACCUACUAUCCGAGUCGCCAUUCCGCAACCUCCUCUUCUCUGUCCCCUCUGUAUUAUCGGCUCAGAUCCCGCCACCGUUGGACAUGGUUCUAUCACCCUCGGAUGUCCAGAUAUACUCAUGCAUCAAUGCCUACCUGCUCUCCAUGCGCAGGGCGCACAUCAGACUUACCGAUUUGUGGAAAAUCACCUCCCUCAGACGUCAUCACCCAUCUCAUCGAGGUGAUCGGGACCAGAUUAUUAUGCUCCGGAAACGGUGGACGGCGCGGGCGUCAUCGAUGCGCAGCUCUUGGACCACUGCCAGCGCUGCCAUCUUUUUCCUCGCAGAGACAGAAGCCUAUCUCCAGACAGAGAUUGUAGCCGGGCUGUGGGAGGGCUUCAAUGAGUGGUUGACAGCCAAUGAUCCCAAGCACGCUCGGUCAGGGGCGACAACACCAACAACCAGACAUGAAGACAAAUCCGGGGAGGGUGAAGACGACGAUGAGGAUGAUGACGAUCUAUGGUUGCGUGAAGAAGACGACAGUCCUGUUGCCCAGGAAAACGCUCACAAAACACCAGACUCAUCUCCUCCCCACGAUCCUCAAACCCUCUCUACAGCUCAUCGCCUCUACCUCCGCACCCUCAUCCAUCGCCUUCUGCUAACCCAGCCCACCUUUACACAGCCCCUGUACAACCUCCUCAUCCACAUCGACCACCUGGUUGCCCAUCUGCAUCGUCUGCAUGCCAUCUUCACUUCGAUAGACCUCGAGACAGAUGCGGGCGUCGUCGACGCCUUUGUCGACCUCGAAUCGGAAGAGCGUGACGUCAAACGCCGCCUCCACGAGAUCGAGACCCGCAUCUGCUCCGGUAUAGAGGACGUGGUGGCCGCCCUGCGCGCCCUCGAGUCCGACCCCGUGUUCGCGGCCGAGUGGGAGGGCGACGCUGCCGCUGCCGAAUGGGCCCCCGCUACCGAGGAUAUCGACGAAGACGAGGACCAGCGCGGUGGCAGAGCCCGAGACGCCGACGACGCCGAGGAGCGCGGCGGUUAUGCGCCCUCUCGGGUCGGCGGCAUCAACCGCCUCCUCAUGAAGCUCGACUUUGGCACAUGGUUCGGCAGAGCGGGGGACCAGUACGACGAGGACCGAUUCUGA